UCGAGGGAGGAAGACGGGCUAAGGAGAGGGGAAAGAAAGAAAGAAAAGAAAGAAAGGAAGAAAAGGAAAUUCACCCAAAUGCGGUGAUUACUCGGGCUGGAACAGCCAGAAGCGGUACGAUUAAGCGAGGGCACAGAAACAUUUCGUCAGAUCCUGCGUAUUUUUUGAGCAAGACUUACAGAAACUGUCCCGACAGCCUCGCGCACCGUCCGAUCCACCGUGCACGCUCAGUCAGAAGAAACGAGAGGGAAAGGGAGAAAGGGAGACCCUCUCGCCAAUGUGAUUUCCUGGGAUGGUCGGCCGACCCUGUCCUUGCUUUUCUCAGGCCUCCAGAAGCUGAAGACAGGGUGCCAGUGCCAGAGCUAGUGGCCCCACCGAGCAGCCACCAUGGCUCUGGUUCAGGCUCUGCCCAUCUCUGCUGAGCCCCUCAACCAAGGCCUCAGCGGAGGAGCGCGGGGACGACACCCCUCCGGCCCCCGCUCUCCCCCCACCGCUGCGCCCUCCUCCCCCUCCUCUCUGGAGGCCAUGGGCUCUGUCAGCAGCCUCAUUGCCACCCGUCCCAGCACCUAUCAUGACCGCCACAGCCGCUCUGCAGUCGACCACCUAGGAGCCAGGAUUCGACGGCCCACACCAGGCGCCACCUGCCUGACCUCUGAUUCACCCCAGGACCCCCUGAUGCAGAGCCACACCCCUCCGGUCAGGAGGAAGUCCUCCUUGACCUCAAGCAGGAGCCUGGAGAAGGAGAGUGGGAAUGGGAACUAUACUUAUCUGAAUGAGGACUACAUAGGAGACUGGAAUGACAACCAUGUAACGCCUAUCAGCCCGGGAAGUGAUGCAGAUGAGACGAAGGAGGGGCUGGGGUUGAAUGGGAACAUGGGAGGGCCUCCUCCCAAACUGGUUCCUGUGUCAGGGAAACUUGAGAAAAACAUGGAGAAAACAGUGCUGCGGCCCACCGCCUUUAAACCUGUGGUCCCCAAGAGCCGUAACUCCAUGCAGUACCUCUCCCCUCGCCACGGUGCCAGCCUAUCAGAGAGCCAGAACAACCUGAACCUGCUCAGCCCCACCCACAGAGAAGCGUCGCCCUCCUGCUCAGAGAAACGCAGCUCCUACAGCGGGGGGCGCAAUGGUGGCGGCGGUGGCAGCCAAUCCUGCUCCCUUUCUGACUCUGGUCGCACAUCUCUGUCCAGCCUGCCACCCUACAGCAGCACUGGCUACAGCCUGUCAACUGGAGAGGCCCCUGGCGGCCACUUGGAUCCCGUUAAAACUGCCCCGACAGUCAAUGGGCAUGCCCAUUCAAACUCUGACAGCGGGCGCUCGUCCUCCAGUAAGAGCACUGGGUCCGGGUCGCUGGGUGGGCGAGGGCAGCCCCUGUCGGACAGCGGGUCCACCGGACGCUCCCCUGCCCCGGUGGAGGGUUAUGAGGGGGUGGUGAGGGACUUGGAGGACAAGCUGAGGGAAAGGGAGUUAGAGCUGCAGCAGCUCAGAGACAACCUGGAUGAGAAUGAAGCCGCAAUUUGCCAGGUGUAUGAGGAGAAGCAGAAGCGCUUUGAGCUGGAGCUGGAGGAGCUGAGACAGAGCUGUGCCACCAGGAUGCAGACAGCCUCGCAGAAGGCCCAGCGAGCACAGCAAGUGCUUCAGUUGCAGGUCUUUCAGCUUCAGCAGGAGAAGAAGAAGCUGCAGGAGGACUUUGCCCAGCUGCUGCAGGAGCGGGAGCAACUGGAGGAGCGCUGCACCUCCUACGAGCAUGAGAAGAUCCAGUUAGGGCCCCGCCUGGAGGAGACCAAGUGGGAGGUAUGUCAGAAGUCAGGGGAGAUCUCCUUGCUGAAGCAGCAGCUGAAGGAGGUGCAGGGUGAGCUCGCCCAGCGUGUGGGGGAGAUCGUGUCCCUACGGGGUCAACUCAGGGAGACCCGUGGCGAGCUGACAAACACUCAGGCUCUGCUCCAGGAGGCCCAUGCCACAAGCCGCACGCGCACCCUGGAGCUGGAGGUGUGUGAGAACGAGCUCCAGCGCCGCAAGAGCGAGGCGGAGCUCCUCCGCGAGAAGGUGGGACGCCUGGAGGAAGAGCUGGUCCAUCUCAAAGACGCUCUGGCCAAUCAGGGCCCAGGAAACCGGCAGUGUCAGGUGUUCCAAGAUGCGGAGGAGCGCCUGCUCGCCUACGAGAGUGAUGAGGCCAAGGCCCAGCGGCAGUGCAGCAGCGAGGCCCUGCAGAACAUGAGGCUCCAGAUGGACCGGAUGAGGGCCGAGCUGGCCUUCGAGCGGCAGCGUGCUGAGGAGCAAGCAGGCAGCUUCGAGGAGGAGCGCAGGGUGUGGCAGGAGGAGAAGGAUAAGGUGAUCCACUACCAGAAGCAGCUGCAGGAGAACUAUGUGCAAAUGUACCGCAGGAACCGAGAGCUGGAGCGGCUCCUUAGAGAUCUUAGUCAGGAACUGGAGAGCAGAGAGGAGGAUGAGGGCAGCGGCAACGAGAUAAACUUUGAUGAGAUUGCUGCCACUGAAAUCUGACCCCUGUAUCAUCCCAUCUCCUGAUUUGCACUACUGUCAACUAAAUUGUGUUUCAGCUAGAUUUUUAAUUGUCAUCGGCGAGGCACAGAUGGGAUUUCUUGAUUGCCACCUUUGUUUGUUCUAUAUUUAGUACAGCGAGGAAAUGGUCAGAUCAGUAUCUCAAAUGUGAAGCAACUUAAACAGAUCUAAACUGAGUUGCACUCCGUUUCCGCCCUCUUGGUCUCGUCCCCAAAGAGUCCCUAUAGAGAGCCAAUAACCUCUAUUAGUCAUUAGUAGGUCAUCUCUCUCCUCCAUACCUCCACUCACAUUUCUAUUAGUGUCUGCUGCCUCGAGCGUACACCAGAGAUCAGUUCCCUUGCCCCCUUUCCCAAUUUUAGUCUUAGCCGGGAAAAUGGCAGCACUGACCACAGAUAUUGGUGCAACUGCUGUGUAUCCUUCAUGAGUUGGUAAUGGCCCCACCGGCCUUGCUGCGUUUAGCACUGUUCUCCUACGUUGUCAUCUCACCAGAACAUUUGACUUGAUAAGCUGACACAGGUCAGCUUUACAUUACAAUGUUGUCAUUGAUCUAUAGUAAAGGACAACAUCCCAAAUCCACCAUUAGAGGGACUGAAUCGAACCGGAGCAGCAGUGAGGCUGGUUGUGCGAUAGGUGAUGUGGGUAUAAAUGUCUACAUCCUGUUGUCUCAGAACUGCUAGUGUUUGUGUCUAAAUUACUUGAUGACCAACAUGUAAACUGUGUGUGUGUGUGUGUGUGUGUGUGUGUGUGUGUGUGUGUGUGUUGGGGGGGGGGGGCUAUUUAUUUCCAGGGAAUUGGUUCUUGCUCAUCCAUCAUGGGUGGUUCUGUCAUCAUGACAUGAACCCUGGUAAUAUUCAGGAACUGUUGCAGCAGAUUGUGUUAACAAACUGCAGGUUCAAUGGCAAACAGGCAAGACAGACAAGCAAAAAAACAAUAAUGAUGAAUUCUGACAGUAAAUGGCAAAUCUUUUCAUUACAGACCAAAUCAGAUUUUCUGGGACUCAUUUAAACGCAUCUCUAGUCUGAUAUGAAUCUAUUUGGCACUCUUAGUUUGCCAGUUUCAGUAGUGGAGCCUGACUAUAGUGUACAGUCCCUCUUCACACCAAAUACACACACACACACACACACACACACACACACACACACACACAUAUAGAUAUAGAUCUAUAUCUAUAUAUAUAACACAAUAGGUCAACAGUUGAAAAACUGGUCCAAAACAAGAACUGCGAUGAAUAAAAAAAUCUCAGGAGAACCUGUCAAAAUAAAAAUGCUGUGCUAGCUAUACAAGCAGACCUUCCAAUGACUCCCACAAAGCAUUUUGUACAAAUAUAUAUAUUUGGGGCAAGUAAUACUGCUUUUUCAUUUUAUGAUCAUUAUUAGGGCACCACUGAUUAACUGGAAACCCAACAUCAUUACUAUGAAACCCAUGAGGGCGCCUCGCCUAGGAAUCCAUCUGUGGCUUACAUCCCAUUCACACUCAGCCAUUUUAACAUGACUUGUGUGGACAUACAAGUGGUCCUCACCACAUGUAGAAUAAUACUGUGACGAGCCUUGUCAAACUAGCCUCUGGUAUGACGAUUGGAUUUUGUCCUUUUUCCAGUAAUGUAAAAAGUCAUUUGUUGAAACACAUUGAUAUACAACCAAAAGUUUCCUUGCACCUUGUGUGUGCAUCCCCUUCCCCCUCUUUUUUUGUUUUUGUUUUGCACGCAAAACAACUUGUAAAUACGUGUGAAAUGUAAAGAUAUCACUAUGGUAAAGCAAAAUCAUAAUGGCUCUUCCAUCUUAUUGCAAAGACACAAUACUUUGACUAUCACGUUAGGUGGUGCAGCAGGAUUUCUGUGUGGGGGACUUCAGCGUUCAUGUGUUGUUGUGCAAGUGCUUUUUGCAGCGCUGUGUGAAGAGGAAGAUGAUGAGCUGAAGCGAUGGGUGCUUUGCUACUUUUGUAAAGUCAAAUUAGUUUGACCGUGACGCGACUGUUAUGUUUCCAUCAGCCCUCGGUAGUGUAGGACCUGUCUCGUGUAAUCGCUUCCCGGUACUGUACAGGCAACCCAUUUGCAAAAUAAAAAAUAAAAAAAGGUAGACACGUUGUUCCCUAACUGGUGAUCAGAUCGACUCACUCGUUCGGUGUAGAUAUCCUCAAUAUUAAUAAAGGUCACAUAUGGCAUAAGCAUAACAGGUUUCUUACAGAAACGUUAUCUAUCUAAAAAAAAAAAACAACACAGUCACUGUGAAUAGACCAAAGCAACGUCGCACAUCCGGUUCUGCUCCCACAAUGCAAUGCCUGUAUAUUAACGUGUGUGAGUCCUUGCCUUGGUUCCCCCUGUAGCCUAUAUUAUAAAUUUAUAAUCCCCAGUAUUUGUAUGAAGACAUCAAAUGUAUAUUUUCAUGGUGUAAAUUUCUUGAACAAUCUUUGUUUUUAAUAAAAACGACAAAAGGAAGAGCUUGUGUUCGACGAGUCAAUAUUGCUUAACCCGGUGUUCAACCUUCUCCAGUAUCGCUGUUAAACUCGGUGGGAUGUUUAUACGAACAAUGUGUUGUUUCUUCUGAGUUUGGGUGUGGAACAAUGACUUGUCUCGAUCAGAUACGCCGUAUCUCUGGCCAGAUACACGCCGCGUAAUGAAGAGAGCACCCGGUGGGAGAUAGGGAGCGUGCUCUCGGUCUGGCUGCUUCGUGUUUCUCAUGGCAACUUGGGACGAUUUUCAAUUCUUGUUUUACUUGGGAGAUGGUGACUGUUUUCAGUUCGCUGGUCAGGUCUGACAUACAAGACGACGUUAGCUGUUAGCCUCGUCUGACGAAAGGCUAAAGUCUGCCCUCCGCAGGCCAACAAAAAUCUUUUGUUUUCCGGGCCAACUUCUCACAUGGCGUCAGACUGCUUGGUGUGUGUCGUCCGCGGGGAUCUUCUAAGGCACUCGGGUUACCGUCUGCAGAUUAAGCCCACAUAUUUAAUAAUUUACGUGCGAUGCAUCAGAUGUCUCCAUGAUAUAUCUGCUCGUUUCAUGGACAGUGUUAUCUGUGACGAUGGUUGAUGUUGGCUGUUUGGUUGUGAAACAGUGAAUAUACUGCGGGUGGGAAACCGGAUGUGGGUAUGUGUCCUGGUCGCCUGUUCGGGGGGGGGGGGGCUGGGGGGAAUAGCGUGAUCCUCCCACGCGCUACGUGCCCCUGGUGAAACUCCUCACUGUCAGGUGAAAAGAAGCGGCUGGUGACUCCACAUGUAUCGGAGGAGGCAUGUGGUAGUCUGCAGCCCUCCCCCGGAUCAGCAGAGGGGGGUGGAGCAACGACCGGGACGGCUCGGGAGUGUGGGGUAAUUGGCCGGAUACAACUGGGGAGAAAAACAGUGUAUAC